GAGAGAGAGUAGAUCUGUCCUGCGGCACUGCAGUCACUCUCACUCCCGGAAUAUCGUUCAUUAUAGGCUCAAUGAUGGAGGUUCCACGCGUGGGACACAGUAUCAGCAGCCCCACGAGCCCGUGCGAGGACAUGAUGAAGAAUCUCAGCCUGGACGCCAUCCAGCUUUGUGAGAGAGAAGGAAAUAAGUCCCUUGAUAGUGGGAUUGCCGAGAUGGAGGAACUUCCGGUUCCCCAGAACAUCAAAAUCAGCAACAUCACAUGCGACUCCUUCAAGAUCUGCUGGGAUAUGGACUCCAGGUCUAAGGAACGCAUCACACACUACUUCAUCGACCUCAACAAGAAGGAAAACAAGAACGCCAACAAGUUCAAACACAAGGACGUCCCGACUAAACUGGUAGCGAAAGCCGUUCCUCUGCCCAUGACAGUUAGAGGACACUGGUUCCUGAGUCCCCGCACUGAGUACACAGUUGCUGUUCAGACUGCCUCCAAACAGGGCGAUGGAGACUACGCUGUGUCUGAAUGGAGCGAGAUCAAUGAAUUCUGCACAGCAGAUUAUUCCACCGUUCAUCUCACGCAGUUGAUGGAGAAAGCAGAGGUCAUCGCCGGCAGAAUGCUGCGAUUCUCCGUCUUUUAUCGAAACCAACACAAAGAGUACUUCGACCAUGCAAGGGAGGCCCAAAACAACAAGAUGUCACCAUCAGUGAAGGACAACAGUGGCAGCCACGGUUCCCCUAUCAGCGGGAAGCUGGAGGGCAUCUUCUUUAGCUGCAACACUGAGUUCAACACAGGCAAACCCCCACAGGACUCACCGUACGGUCGAUACCGCUAUCAGCUGCCAGCAGAGGUGCUCUUCAGCCCCAAGACAAACCUGUAUUUCGGUGACUUCUACUGCAUGUACACAGCCUAUCAUUACGUUAUACUUGUGAUCGCACCGCAGGGCUCGCCCGGAGACGACUUCUGCAAGCAGCGUCUACCAGCGCUGGAUAUCGCCAACAACCGUUUUAUGACGUGCUCGGAGGAUGAAGACGGCCAGCUGGUGUUCCACCAUGCACAGGACCUUAUCCUGGAGGUCAUCUACACCGACCCUGUGGAUCUGAGCCUGGGCACGGUAGCCCAAAUUAGCGGCCACCAGCUCAUGAGCCUCUCCACAGUCAAUGCCAAGAAAGAUCCCAGCUGCAAGACCUGCAACAUCAGCGUGGGCCGCUAACUUACGAAACUGAACCCUUCUGCUGCCUUAAACGGCACAGGAAAAAUAACCGCCUUCUCCUUUAGCCGUCCUCCUUACCCAUUGAACUUGUUCAUAAUUCCUUCUGGUGUCUGUAAUGCCUGUUUCACACAUCCUCUAUCUGCAGUGCGUAUGUUUUCCUUUAUCCACAGUUAAGCUAAACAUUGAAGUCCACUGUAGCCUACGUUACAGCAUUUAUACGUCUGCGUUCUGUCUGGGUUGCACUCCAAUAGCAUUGCUAGUUUUGAAACACUGCAAUACUAGUUGGAGGAGGGGUUGAGUUUCUUCGCCUGCGUUUUAAGUUUAUUCCCAAAAUGAGUGUGAUGCUACUGUAACAGUAAACUCACACUCAUUCAGGGAAGGAAGAGGCAGGAUGAGGUGAACAUUCAAAAAUAUUUAUUAUAAAAUAAACACAACAAAAGUAUCCAUCCAGCAUGAGACUCCAGACCAGUGUGACGCACUACCAGCUUUUAGUCCCAACCACAGUCAUCACAGCUACCAAUCACAGAUCUUGUGUUCGGUGUGGUCAUGAUGUGUAGCUAUAUUUUUUGGGAGGUGGACGUCAGGGUAUGGAACAGAGUAAAGCUCAAUUUAAAAUUCAGCAUCGAGGGAUUGCUGUAUCCCACAUCACAUCCCUUGUAUAUAGCCAUAGUAGCCAUAGUGAAGAUUUAUACUUCUGUUUUACCAUUUGUGUUGCUCAGUGGUUAGCAUUAAUGGGGUUGGUAGCGUCAGAAUUGGCCGUCAACAACAUGAAAGCAUAGACCUAUCCUGCAUUGUAUCAACGUUUCAGGCUGGUGGUGGUGUUGUAAUGGUGUGGGGGAUAUUUUCUUCACACACUUUGGGCUCAUAAGUACCAAUUGAGCAUUGUGUCAAUGCCACAGCCUACCUGAGUAUUGUUGCUGACCAUGUCCAUAAAGUGCAGAUCAUCUCAGACUGGUUUCUUGAACAUGACAGUGAGUUCACUGUACUCAAAUGGCCUCCACAGUCACCAUAUCUCAAUCCAAUAGAGCACCUUUGGGAUGUGGUGGAACGAGAGAUUCGCAUCAUGGAUCUGCAGCCAACAAAUCUGCAGCCAUGAUCCUACAUGUCAAUAUGGACCAAAACUUCAGUGGAAUUUUCCAGUACCUCAUUGGCUCCAACCCGGUACUAGUAAGGUGUACCUAAUAAAGUGGCCGGUUAGUGUAUAUGAAGUUAAACCACAAAUCUUUAUCUAGCACUAGUUCUAGAAUGCAAGCUAUUCAGAUUUUUGGUCAUUACAAGAAAAAGACCAAUCCUUUCACAAAACAAGACCCUUAUUUCUCAGCUGGGAUCUUGUAAAGCCAUUUGAAGCUCCAAUGAAACUGCAAUUUGUAAGUUCAACCCACUAAGCACCUUAUCAGGUCAACUAUGUAGAGAAAAAUCCUGAAAGAAAUGUACAUCUUGGAUGGAUAAGUGAGUAAAUGUGUCCUGUGAGAAAGCACAAUGACCGAAUAUGCUCUGCAUACGCACUGUGAAUGAAGUAUGUAUGAAACAGACAUAAGGCUCCACCGCAGCAUGUGUCUUUCUUUUCCUAGCGUAUGGAUAUCGACCUGGGAUGUGUCGUGCUCCAAUUUUUGUGUUUGGGAUGUUGACUUUAAUCACCCCUGUCAAUCAAACUGCUUCUUUAAUCCUAUUGGCUGUCAGAUCCUCCCAUUAGAACACAACAUUGUAACCGUUUACCAAAGUUUACACCGAUUUAACACCGUCGAGUCACCUGCAGUCAGUCAAUCCAAACGAUCGUUCUUAUGAGGCAUUAUGAAUGUGAUGAUCGGGUCUCAAAAACUUGUAGCAUGACCGCAAACGUCGACAUUAGCACUUCCGCGACGCCUCUUCAGCAGUGUUUCAUGUUAUCCCAUCCAGUAUACUGUGAUUUGACAUAUAAUAAAUGUGAUACGACGUGUAGAUAGAAAAAUAUUUAUUUUUGAACUGGUGAAUAGAAAAUGGACAGAAUCAGAAGAAGUGCACAAUACAGGGGACUUUGGUGAUGGAACAAAAUAGGUUCACGAUAAAGCAAAUAUAUAUAUAGAGAGAUAAAUAUAUAUUUACUGUAUAAACCAAUGUAGAGUUACGUGCACUAUAGCUAACAUUCAAAAAGCUACAUUUGUCAUUGUUGAUGUGUACAGCAAAUAAAGUCUGGGACGACGAUAACAUGACAGAAUAUAACCACACCUGAUUGUAGCACAAUUCAAACAGUUUUACGCUGGUUGGCAUGCAAAGACACUACACAAAGAUUGUAAUAGUUCAUUGCAGUAGAGCCGUCGGAAAGAAAAGAUAGUAGUAAUGAUUGUUUCAUUUCCAGAGAGUAGCUACAUACUUUAGCAGAAUUGCACUUGAAAGCGCACAUCCGCUUCUCAUGAUCAUAUCUCCAGCUUUGGGCUUCAGUAUUGUUUUUUGAGCGUGAUCAGACAGUGUUCAUUUGAACUUAAUAUAUCAUACUCCAUUCUACAUGUACAGUAUAGGAGGAAAACUGUGCUGUGUGAUGGCCACGUACUAUAUAUAU